AUGGCAGCAGAAGCUAAAGCGCAAGACUCUUCCCAGAUUGAUGACGCCUUCGAUUUCACAGACUAUGAAGCGGCAAUUGGUACAGUACAAGACCAGCUGAGAAGCGAUCUCGCUCGAAUUAAAGCAGGUGGCAGAGACCUUGAAUCUGUGGAGCAGAUACGGGUCAACUCUGGAAAAAAGUCGAGUCCGUCUUCUCAAAAAGGAACCGCGAUCGGGGAUUUGGCGAGUGUGAUGCAAAGAGGACGAAAUAUCGUCGUGAUGGUUGCUGAAAAGGACUACCUCAAAUCAAUAACCUCAGCUUUGAACUCGAUUCCAGACAUGACGCCCCAUCCUCCUCCCGCAGGGGGCGAGCCCCUCCAUAUUAUCCUGCCUAUCCCUCCAGUAACACACGAGAGCCGCUUGCAAGCCUCAAAGACUGCACAUGAAAGAGGUGAGAAGGCACUAUUUGCUCUGAGAGAUGCUAGAACGGCGCAAAAGAAGCGGCUCAGGGCUUUGGGACUGGCCAGAAAGGUCACACCGGACAAGAACCAUAGAGCAGAGCAAAAGAUGGAAAAGGUCAAUGAGAAAGCGAAUACAGAGGUGAAGAGGGUAAUUGAAGAAGCACGCAAGAGGCUAGAAGGUGGUGGAGGAAGAGGGUAG